AUGCAGUCCUACAUUGGUGUGUUGGCACGCUCCAGAGUCCCACUUGUGGACAAGAAAUGGGCUGACAUCCCCAAUGAUAUAAAGGAGCAGAUUUGGGAAGCCGUUGACAUGGCUUUUGUGGUAGGUCAAGGGGGCAAGACCUCGGUGUUAUCUUCUGCUGCCAAGAAAUGGAAGGAUUUCAAGUCUACACUGACGAGGCAUUAUAUCCUUCCAUACAUCAAUGAGAGGGAGAAAUUAAGCCAACCCCCUGCAGUAUAUAAAUUCAUAGAGAAAGCAGAAUGGGAUGCCUUUGUAGCUUCAAGGUUAUCCAAAGACUUUGAGUCUGUGCAUUCUCAACAUGCACAGAUUAGGGAGAAACUUGAGUACAAUCAUCGAUUGUCUCGAAAAGGAUAUGCUGGUUUGGAGGAUCAAUUGGAGGAAACCAUGCCUGGGGUAGAAAUUGAUCGAUCUACCUUAUGGAAGAAAGCUAGACAGGACAAACUUGGUAACAUCCCGGAUCCAAAGGUGGCAGAGAAAGCAAAAUUAAUUGAUGACUUGCAAAAACAAGUGGCUGAAGGCAGUCUGAGUAUAACUGGCAGUAAUGAUGUGUUGACCAUGGCUUUGGGUCCCGAGCAUCCAGGGAGAGAAAGUGUAAGAAUUGUCCUUCAAGAAGAGACUAAGAAGAUGGAAGCUAGAACCAAACAAUUAGUAGAGGCUGAGAGGGAACAUUUACUAAGUCAGCUUUCCCACCUCAUCCCCAAUUUUGAUCCAAGCAUGCUUAAACCGAAAACAAGUCCCAUGAAUCCAAUGUCUGAUAAAGCAAGCUGUUCUGGGGCUGACGUGAGAUCCCUACAUUUAGAGGAUGAUACUGCCAGAAAUGGGGAACAGCAAGAACAAACGGGUGAUGAAGUACUCGAUUAUUCAAAUGUGGAGGUGCCAUCUUCCUUACAAUCCCUUUGUGGUUAUGUGGAAACUACACUAAAGCCACAGGGGAAGAUCAUGACUUUCAACAUUGAGAAGGAGGUGUUUGGUGCAGAUCGAAGUACCUUCGUCUUGCAUGAAGAUAUUACACAAUUUGCAGGCAUGGAAGAAAUUGGGGCUACUGUGGUUGCAGUAUAUAUGAGGUGCUUAUAUGAUCUUUUGAGAGAAGCAAAUAUGUGCAGCAUGGUUGGCUUUAUCGACCCUGCUCAAGUUAGUGCCAACGCUGGGUCACUAACUGACAGAUCACGAAUUGUAGCCAGUCGACUUCAGAAAACAGAUGGUGAACAGAUUUUCAUGAUGCCUUACAAUCCAGGCCGUCAUUGGGUCUUGCUGAUUGUGAGGGCAAAGAGGGAAACCGUCUAUUUUCUGGAUCCUCUGCCUGGAAAUCGUGUGGUGGAUGAGGAGGGCAAAAACAUCGUGAACAGUGCUUUAAAAAUUUAUAAUUCCCACAUAGGCAGACCAGGCCGUAAAGCACCAAUUUGGAAAACUCUGCCAGGCACACCAAAGCAACCCAGCAGUGUCGAAUGCGGGUAUUAUGUCAUGCGCUUCAUGAGGGACAUCAUCAUGGAUCCUUCCUUGGAGUUUGAGAAGAAGUUUGCCAAGGGAAAAGAUCAAGCGCCAUACCCCCAAGCAGCCAUUGAUGAAGUCAGGAAAGAAUGGGCAGAGUUUGUUUGCCUUCAUAUGGAUUAG